AUGUGCCACCGGUUCAUGGCGCUGACGGACUACAACGGGCAGCCCACGCCCAUGGACGCCAUUUUGCGGCUGCGAGCAUUUGGCUUCAAGAUCCGGUACACGACGAAUGCAGACGGCGUGGUGGACUGGGUAGGGGACACGUUAUUGUAUGGGCAGAUCCAGUUCAGCAUGGCGCAGCUACGGACGAUGGUGCACGGCAUGAUUGCCAGCACGCGGCAGGACAUGCUGAAACAACUGCUACUGCUGCAGCUAGACGGUGAGGGCGAGGUAGUACCCGAGACGACGCCGUGUCCCGCUAUUUACUGGGACAAGCUGGUGGACAAUGCGGCUGCACAGCAGGCUGGGUGGAGUUUUAUGGAAGAUGCGCGCAACCGCCAGGCUACCAGUGUAGGAGACCCCAAGCGCUGGCUACUAGGGCGUAUUCAGCAGGAGAAGCGACUGCGACACGAGUUUGCCGAUGUUACUGCGUCGCGUGUGGCGAUAGCGGGGGGUGGUGGGCUGGUGUGGGUGAAGGAGCGCAUCCAGGCAUACUACCAAGGCAUGCAACAAGCCCGCCACGCACUUGCCGUACUUGUGCAUUUGACAGGAGGUGCGCCGCCGCGCGGUAGUGAGUUACUCACCAUUCGUUUUCAAAAUGAUGGGCAGGGUAACAGUCGCGGAAUUUUUAUCGAAGAUGGU